AUGGCAUCGACACCGUCCAUCGACGUGGACUUGAAAGUUCAGCAAGCACUCGAGAGCACCAGGUUCAAAGCAUUGACGCUUAAAAAGCUCCCAGGAGGCUCUGUGAACUGGAUCUAUCUCGCAACUCUGUCGAAGGCCCUCGACGAUGGAACAACAAAGGUUCUGGUCAAGCACGGAGAGACGUAUAUGGCCACCAAGCCAGAUUUUGCACUGACGCUGAUUCGAUGCCAUAUCGAGGUGGAGACCCUCAGAAGUCUAUCUGGCAGUUCAUUGUUCGACAAGUCGACAGAUGCUCAUACCUUUGUCGUCCGAACACCAAACUUAUUCUACUUUGAUGACAAGAGCACGACUCAGAUCCAAGAAUAUCUGCCAAAUGGGAUCGACUUGAAGAGUUAUGUUCUUCAGCAUUUUAGUGCUCCAACUCCACAGCCUCUCGAGCCGAAAUGUCGCCAACUCGGCAAGGCAUUGGGCACAUGGCUCCGAGCUUUUGUCGAAUGGAGUGCACAGCAGGUCAAGCACCGGGAGCUAGUAGCUUUGAACGGGUUCGGCCAGGAGGUUAAACACAUGAUCAAUUUUGCGUGGCUAAAUGACCGUAUAACGGGCUUUCCGGGUAUCCUUGGCGACGUGAAAGAUAUUCUCCAGGAAGUGGAGGACAUGGCAGCCACCGAACGAAAGGAGCAGAGCAAGUAUCAGAUCAUUCAUGGCGACUUUUGGACCGGAAAUAUUGUUCUGCCUAAUGCAUCGAUCGAAGAAGGCACUGAAGUGCCAAUUUUCGUCGUCGACUGGGAAUUGGCUCAACUUGGCUUGCCAAGUGUCGAUUUUGGACAGAUGAUCGCUGAGAUGUACGCUCUAUGGCUGUACAAGUCCAUAACUGCUGGCCUGUGGAUGAUGAAGGGGUUCAUCGAAGCGUACGGUGACAUCAGCGAGGACUUUGCCUUCCGUACUGCCAUACAGGUAGGCACGCAUCUCCUUUGCAUUACAACUACGUUCCCAGGGUGGGGACCACCUGAACAGGUUGAAAAGGUGGCUUGUAUUGGGAGAGAUGUCAUAGUACACGCCUGGAAGAGGGAUCAUGCUUGGUUCAUAAAGGGUGACCUCGCAGGCCUCUUCAAGGCAACAGUUAAUUCCUGA